CACUAGUGGGGCUAACACUAGUAUUGAGAGUCCCAAAUUUUCGGACUAGUUUGUGUCAUGCAAAACCCCAACAAUGCCGGAAAGUGGCCCAACAAGAAAGACCAAGAAAUGCUCUGCAUAUGCCGCAAUCGUGUUGGUGUAUCGGUAGGCCCUACCACUUGCCUCUCGAAACUCAAACUUUCAAAGAUCUUCAUAAAGUGGUCCUAGGUACCCAGUUAACUAAAACAAAUCUCAGUGAUCAAAGUUUGGAAAUUGAAGGAGUCUUAUGACACAGAAGAAACUUGCAUAGUUGCAAUCGAAUACAAUUUUUAUGAACUAAAAAAAAAUAAUGAAGGAAGAGGACGAGGACGAGUUGAAAUGCCUCAGGCUGGAGACACUUUGCUUGAGACAGGUCUCGAAAUGUGUGGAAGAUCAUCACAUGCAAAUCAGUAGUAUACAGGAAUUACCGUCCCAUCUGAUUGAGGACCUUGCAUCUGUGCUAAGUGUGGACAGCUUGGCGAGACUGCAUCCCACUCUCCAGGGGAAAGGUAUUGAUGCUCAGCGGUACUGGAUGAAGUUUUAUCUUUUAACCUGGGGGAUCCAGUUUUCCAGGCAGUGCGCGUGUCACGACCCCCAGUUGGCCAAUCAGGACUGGCGGCAGAAGUUUCUUGACAAGAUGUGCCAGGUGCGACUCCAGGAGUUGGGUCACAAUAACCAAGACGGGACUGGAGAGGGGGAUGUGCAGAGUGUGAGAAUUCAGCAAAUCUUUCAAAAUCCUCUAUCAUGGGGCAACGACUGGAGCCAGAUGCAAGGACCACUGGAUGACUACUCUCCGUCUUCGCUGCUUUUGGAGAGUCGACUUCUCCCGUACAUUCAGAGGAGUGAGCAGACUAUGGGGAUUCUUCAAAAGAACCUGAGGGAGCUGGUCCUGUUCCAAUACCUUCCGAAAUACAGAGACAUCUUGAAGAGGUUCUUGGAGCAACUGAUUCACCACGGGGUCCUGCGAAAGUUCACCCUGAAGCAUCCCAAGUGCCUGACCCCAGCCGAGCUGUUCGGCAUCCUGGAAGUGUGCGCCGGAAGGCGCGAAGACAUCGGAGAGAGCAACGGAAGUGAGCGCGAGGCGAGAGGAUGUCUCAAGAGGAAGACUACCAACGGGUUUCUUCCCGGAGCAAUGUCUCAGAGAGUCACAGACUCUCUGAGACAUUGCUCGGAGGCAAGAGGAUGUCCCAAGAGAAAAAAUACCAACGGGUUUCUUCCUGGAGCAAAACACUGCGACUCUCUCAGACAGUGCUCGGAAUCACUAGGAAUCAUACAGGAUGCUCAGACUGUUCAGCAAGUCUAUCGGAGACCUAGUCAGGAGGAUGUCAACUCGAAAGGGCCAGGGAGGCACCAGGACCUGUACGAUUUCUGCUUCUCGGAGCCCAUCGACACUCAAUCGGAUUCCAGCUUUCCAGAGUAUCCGCACCCCUCAUCCCACUUGGAUACCAACGAAGAAGUGCCUUUUGCAUGUCCUAUCAGUGACACAGCCUCAAACAGAUCUGCCGACACUGUGCUCUCAGAGUCUGACCUCAAUUGUCAACGCGCUGACCCUGCUGACACCAGAACUUGGCAUCCUUGCGGUAGAGCUGCCAACCCUUGCAUUCAGCAUCUGGUUCUGUGCGGUUUUGUCCUUCAUUAUCCAGAUUACAGCCAGAUGCUUGAGCGUGUAUUGAGUGUGUGGCCGGGCCUACGGGAACUGGAAUUCAUAGACAAUUUGAUGUUGCAGGAUACUUGUCAACACCUGUUAUCGGCGUUGAUUGGGGCACAGGGGCGCGGUGGCGCACUGCGGAGAUUACUUAUUGAGUACAACGUUGUCAAAGACUGCAAUCUUCCCCUUCUUAAUGUUCUUCUAACGAGAUCUAAGCUUGACACGCUGGAGUUGAAAGCCACCGACAUUAGUUUCUCCGCUGAUGGACCGUUUGAGGGUGGGGACAACAACGCACAGUAUUCACUUGAUCAUCUUGGAGAUGCCUUCAGCCAGCUCGGCGCCCUUGAGCUGAGCUACAACAAGUUGCUUUCCCUGACCUGUCUAGAGAGGGCGCUAUUGCAGCCAGACUGCGCCAUCGGACAUCUGAACCUGGAAGGUUGCCAGCUUGGGACCAAAAUGCUGGACAGGCUUUUCAUCUGUGCAAAAGAUUGUAAAAGCCUUCGUGAACUGAAUGUGGCGUGUAACACCUACUGCCCUAGCCUGGGUGAAGGGGUCUCCGGUACAAGUCACCAGGCUAGUCAGUCGGGCCUGGUUAUGCUCUUACAGACAAGCCCGCUCACCAAGUUGAAUCUCAGCGGGUGCCAGUUUGUGUUAAGAGGUUGGACCCAUGCCAAGGCUUUUGUGGAAGCCCUCCGCCUUAACACCACUCUUUGCCAACUUCUCCUGGUGAACAAUAACCUGACCAAUGAGUGUGUACGUUUGCUGGUUGAUGCCUUCAUACAUCCCUCGACAGACACUGACAUCCAAGCCUCUAAAUUGUGCUUAGAUAUCAGCUUCAACAGGCAUAUAACUCACACAGGACUGGAUGCGUUCAGUCAAGCACUCGAAGCAGCGAGCACCGCACCCGGCUACAGGAUCACCCCUCCCCGCCACUUAACAAUCACAAGCGAGGGCAGUACGCAAGACCCUGCAGAACUAAGAAACCUGGCCCGGUUCAUGAAACUGACUGACAAGCAUCAAGCAUCUAGCUCACACUGUGUUCCUUAUGGAGGACUCGGUAUGAACUAUGGCGACUUGAUGUUGGAACAUCUAUCACAGAUGUGAGAAUUAGAGACUGUU